UUUGGCGGAUUGAAGGUUCUCGACUUCAAAGGGAACAAAUUAUCUUCUCUACCUGAUAGUUUCGCAGAUCUUCUUCGUUUGACGACUGUUGAUCUUUCAUAUAAUGAUUUCACCUCCAUUCCAUCCAGUCUUCUACUACUUCCCGCUCUACAAGUCCUAGAUCUAUCUCAUAACCAAAUCACCUCCAUCAAUUUUUCAUCUCCUGUCGAGCCUUCUCAAGAUGGAUUGGAUUAUGGUGCUGGCUUCCUCUCUACUUCUUUCUCCCGAGCUCAAAACAAAGGUCCAUUGAAGAUCUGGCCAGUACUCAGAAACCUCAAUUUAGGACACAACUUGAUCGCUAAUGAAGGGCUCGAACCGCUAUGCUCGACUAAUUUGACAUCACUACGAGUUUUCAACCUUGAGAAUAAUGAACUCAGUGGGGAGUUGAAUUUGGAGAAGUGUGGGAUUAUCAAAGAGGCCAUGCCGGAAUUGAUGAGUUUGAAUCUAAACGGAAACUCAAGUCUUCAAAGUACGAAAGGCCUUCUGGCCGAUGGAGUCAAGUUGGACAUGGUUGGUUGUGGCAUUAGUGAUGUUCGUUCUCGACGAGAUGGACUCAAAACAAAUCCAUCAUCUUCGUCUUCAGACCCUAAGACAGGGAUGUCUAUCGAGGCAAACCUACCAAUUUCGAAACCAACAAUGACGAUAACAUACCGUACUUGUCCCGCUGCUACAUUCGACGCUUUACCUCUGAACAUUGAAUUCGAUCUCUAUUUACCUGAUAAACCCGGCACUACACCCCAUCCACUGGUUAUCUGGUUUCAUGGGGGUGCCCUUUUGCAAGGGAACAAAGAGAACCUUCCACCUCAUUUCCGACGAUUACCUUCAUAUCCUUUAUCCGGACCGAAUGGUGAAGAAAAUGUAGCUGUCAUUUCCCCAAAUCAUCGAUUAGCUCCUCAAAUUCCAAUCCUUGACAUUCUCUCUGAUAUCUCAGCACUGUUCACAUAUGUUCACACGAAACUUAACGACAAGAUCGCAAAAGAGGGGAAACAAAACGUGAUUGAUACUCGAAGAAUUUGCGUUUCUGGUGGUUCGACCGGAGGAUACCUAGCUCUCAUCGCUGGAUUGAGUGUCUCUGAGAGUUUGUCAGAUGAAGUGGUAGGUGGAUACCGUGGAGAAUCAUCUAAAGGAGGUAUCAAAUGUCUCGCUCCGUUCUAUCCCAUUACAGAUUUAACACAUCCAUUCUGGAGUACGGAGACAAAUCCUGUACCGUGGUAUGGUAAAACAAGGGUCUCACACGAAGAAGCUCGACCUCAUCUCGAUCUCAAAGCUGCACCAGUAUGCACAGCCAUCUCAGGUGGACCCCGUUCGGUCCUCUACGCCUACAUGCUACAACACGCUCUCUUUCCUUCUCUCUUAUUUCAAAAACAACGAUCAAUUGGAUCCAGUUUAGAUGCUUUUAGACCUACUCCAGAAUCUCUUUCCAUCUUACAUCGUUUGGAGCUUUGUGAAAAAGCAAGAAAGAAGGUCGGACAACCUCCGGUGUAUUUGUGUUACGGGACGGUGGAUGAUAAGGUCCAGCCACAGGAAAAGACGGUGGAGGUGUUCAAGAGAAUCAUUAGUGAUUUCACUUUGGAUGUGAAGGAAGGGGGCGAUCAUGCUUUUGAUGAGGAUGCCAACGUGGAGUGUCUGGAGUUUAGGUCUUGGUUGGAGAAGAAGCUACUGUAA